GUUGCCAGCUGAUAGUAUUUGAGUAAGAAAAGUCAAUAAUAUCCUGAACUAUUUAUAAAUUGAUAACGCUGUAGUACAUUGACAUAAAUAGUUAUAAUGUUUUAAAAAACAGGUUAACUUUUAUUAUAACAUAACGUUUUAUAUUAUUAAAACAAAAAUGACGGUACAGAAUAUUGCUGUAAAACUUUGCGGGGUGCUUCAAGCUAACGACGAAGAAGAAGUCACAGCUCGCGAGUGGCGAUUAGUUGGUCAAGAGCAAGAUGGAGCACAAAUUUUAACCUGGAUAUCAACGACUCAAAACGGUGAUGUUAUGAACGUCGGAGUAUACUCGAAUAAAACGAAAUCUUUGUCUGUUUUGUACACUUUUGAGGAAAAACUUAAUAUAAUUCAAGCAUCGGUCAACUCUACACACAGUUUACUUGUAUAUGUGGAUAAAAUUAUUUCUCCAGAUGAGUCUAAAGAAGCCCUUUAUUAUCCCUACAUUGUUUCUCUUUUGCCUGAUAAAAUUGGUGUCCCUGAAGCAGUGGAGGAAGCUUCAACAAAACAGAUUAUGUUACAAUUUGUGUAUGGAAAAAGCAAUAAAUACAGCCCUGGAAUAAGGAAUGACAGAUUUUUACUUUUUAAGCAUUUGGAGUGUAUUAAAAUAUAUCGUUCACCUCUUUUCUUAAAUGAAUGUGAAGAUGGCACAGAGAAAUGGGGCUUUGAUGGGGUUUAUACUGAUCCUGAGACCAUUGUUAAUGUCUUCUCAUGGGCACAAUGGGAUUGUGCCAAUCAGGUCCUCUUCUAUAUUCAUUACCGUGCGCCCUCUCAAAGUUUCGCUGAGGGUGAGGAGGUUAAAUCUCCGUCAGAGUUGACACCGACGCUUUCCGCCCUACAGUUUCAUGCAGAUCUGCCUCACGAGACUGUGCUAAAUAUUCCUCUUAGCUUGCCGCACGUACCAGGAGCGCAUGGCGCCGCAGCAGCUUGCGGUUCCUAUGAAGAUGAUCCGAUACCUCUUCGCGUGCACGACUGUAGCUUAGAUCUAUAUAUAGUGUGCGACCAGCGCGGUUUGCUGUGUGUUUGCCAUCAUUACCUCUACAAGCCUCUAGACGAUUCAACUAGUUCUUUAGUCCUGGAUGACGUCGAUUUGAAAGAUUCUGGCGUAAACUUUGCCUAUUCCGUGACGUUACUUCACCAUGGCUGCGUAGUGCAUAGUGUCGUGCCCGAGCUGCCGUGGUCACUGGCGAAAUCGCUACGACCAUCCUACACUCUGUACAACGAUAACCACCUACUUGUCAACAUACCAAUGCUCUUCACCCACCUCAUAGACAUAAGUCCUCAUCACGAACCUUGCUGUCAUAUAGUUGUUCCUCUAGAGCCUAGUGACAGUGGACCGAGCUUGGCUCCAUUGUUGGGAUGGGGUGCUCACGCCAUGGUCGACCUCAAUACUCUGGAUGUGGUCACGAUGAAUGUCACAGAAAAAGAUUUAUCGUCGACCUUUAAGAGCGAUACGGUGAUCGAGAAUAAAUUAGCAAUCAUGCAUUAUUUGAUACAACAUGAAGGGAACAUGGAGUUGGCUGAAGAGUUAAUAUCAUGGCUAUGCCUGAAUCAGCACGAUGGAUUAGGUGGGCUGCAACGAGUUAUGCAGGAGUACUUGAUAGGAACUACAUACGCCGUGACGCGACGUUCCCUGUCCGCGUCGGCUGUCAAUUUGAUGAAUUGGUUGCCCUUCACUUUACAUCUGAAGUUUGCUGAUGUUAAGGCGGGCGUCGCGAGCGUGUGCGUGUCGGUGUGCGCGCUGUGGCGCGGCGCGGCGGCGGCCGUGGUGCUGGCGCCGCGCCAGCGCGUGGCGCAGUUCGCGGAGGACGCCUGGACGCGCCUGUGGGCGGCGCUGUGCGCGCUCGCCAGCCCGCGCGCGCGCCUGCGCCCCGAGCACGUGCGCGAGCGACUCGCCGUCACGCUGCAUUGCUAUCAGCCGGAGGCGCUGUCGCGCUGCAGCACGCCGCUGUCGCCGGGCGCGCCGGCCGCCCGCCGCGCGUCGCUCGCGGCGCCCGACGCGCUGCCCUUCGCCGAGCUGGACGUGUGCACCACCAGCAAGCAGGAGCACGUCAUCGCUGCCAACCUGCGCGCGGUGAGCGUGCACCUGCUGUCGGAGAGCGGUGAGGCGGGCGCGCUGGAGAGCGGCGUGCACGCGCUGGCCACUCGCUGGGCGGCGGCGCAGCUGGACGCGGCGCGCGCGCUGUGCCGCGCCGCCGUGCGCGCCGUGGCCGCCGUGGGCGCCGCGCAGCCGCGGGGCUUCCAGUACAUAGAUGAAAUGGAUCCCACGCAUGCGUUGAUACUCUUCAAGAUCCUCGAGCAGUACUACGUGGCGACGGACUCCAUCGCCUUCCCCCUCCCACAGGGCUUCAGUUCGUUCUUCACGUACCUCGGGUACCGCACGCUACCUUUCCACGCGUUCGUGCAGUACGUGCAUCGAAAUGUAUUCGAGUUGCAGAUCGACGUCCUCAAAACGAUUAUAGCGAGCAAGGACGACGACAAGAAGCGCACGGUGAACAACAAGCUGCGCCUGAUCCAGCUGGUGGGCGAGGGCCGCGGGCGGCGCGCGCUGGGCGCGUGGGCGCACCGCGCCGCGCUGCUGCUGCGCGCGCGCGACCACGCCGCCGCGCUGCUCAGCGGCGGCAGCGCGCCCGCGCGCGACCACGCGCCGCACCGCCCCGUCGGCGACUCGGGGAUAGCGGCUCUGCCGUCGGGGGAGCGCCUGUCGCCGCUCGACACCUUCCUGGACCUCCUCACCGCCAAAGCUAGCCUCAAUGAGUUAGAUUUUAAUCUCAUUAUAGAAGCGACGUUAGCGUCUGUGCAGCACGAAACUGCAUAACUUAUCCGUAUCCUCCUGACUUAAUAUUUAUAGAACGUGUAGUAUAAUCUUGUAGUCGUAAACGUUACAAACAUCUAUUUUAUUAAAGAUAGGGCGUAAAAGACCGGGGUGACAGAAAAAUCCGUGUUUUUUGUAGUUUAUUAAUAUUUAAAAAAAAAAACUGUAGUCUUAUUACAAAUAUCAUACUUAUCUGUUAAGGCUGCCGUAUACACAAAUAUAACACGUGUAUAUUUUAUAAUCGUUUAAAAGAACGUAUAUUGCAGGCUAUCAUUCUUUUACAUUAUAGGGCAAGUAUCUUAUCUCAUCGUUAACGAAAAUCAAGUUACCAUACCUUUCCGUCAGUUCCAAAAAGCCGAUGCGGCGCCGCAAAGACGUCUUUAUUUAAAUACUUUGUGUUACUAUCUCCUGGUCUAUAACUACAAAGUUAUUACAAAAUGGUAGUGCCAAUAAUUCCAACUGACUCGUUGAAUUUAUAUUUAUUUAGAUAUAAAUUUACUUCUAUUUAUGUUUACAUUGAUUUAAUUCAAUAAUUACAAAUUCCUAAGCAUUUACAGUACAAAACACAUUAUUUUUACAAGCGGCUGCAAGUUAUCCAUAAUCAAUAGGUACUAAUAGUGAGACGACUCCUUCGUCACGACGCAGAACUCCCGACUAGGUUUUAAAAAUUUAUUAAGAAUAACUAUACAAUAUUGUGACAAACCACAAUAGAUUGUUUUAUAGGUUCGGAAAUAAACACCUCAGACCUGAGAAGAACCGGCGAAAUAAACUCAGCGGUUUUUUUUUAUAUCUCAUUUCUUUACCAGAAGUGCAAUACAUAUAUAACAUGCCUCUUGUGAGGCCGGCUCUCGGCUUGGGGCGACGUCGAUGUAGGGAGAGCAAGUGUGUGUAUAUAACGCCAUUGAUGAGCCGUGAUGAAUGAUGAAGCUUGCACGCCUACGUGAUUGAUGAAAUCGUCUGUGUAAGGUCCGAGUUGACUCACUUUUAGUAUUUAUUAUUACAACGAUUUAAGGAUAUUCCUUAAAUACAAAAAUAUAUCUGAUUAAGAUGUUAAUUCUAAAAGUGAAUAAAACAAUUUACGGUAAUGUUGUUCUUUAACUUAACAUUUUUAGCACAAAAUUAUUUUGUGCUUAGAAAUUUUAUGAAUUCACCUGAAAUUAUUGAACUUCGUCGAAAAUGUUUUUCUUUUAUUUCAGGUUAACAAUGUUAUAAGUUAUUAGUUUAAAUCUUUAGAUUAAUUUAUUUUAUGUGCAAUAAUAAUUUUAGACCAAUAUUUAAGACUAAAAUAAAACAUUCCAUUUA